AUGCGAACUGCUGCAAAGGUUCUUCAAUCUAGUUUCUAUCAACCCACCAUGUUUAAAGAUGCUCAUGAGUUCUGUCAAAGCUGUGAUCGCUGUCAAAGAACUGGUAACUUAUCAAGGAGACACGAAAUGUCGUUGAAAAAUAUUCUAGAGGUAGAAUUAUUUGACAUGUGGGGAAUUGAUUUCAUGGGUCCAUUUCCACCAUCCUGGGGACAAAUCUACAUUCUUUUCAUUGUGGAUUAUGUCUCUAAAUGGGUUGAAGCUAUGGCUUUACCUACAAAUGAUGCCAAAUUAGUUCUAAGAUUCCUGCAUACAAAUAUUUUUACUAGGUUUUGUACACCUCGUGCCUUAAUUAGUGAUGAAGGUUCAUAUUUUGACUACAAAUUAGUUGCCAACGCUUUGAAUUGA